GUGAGAAGACUGGAGCAAAGUUCAAAAUGGCGGCGGGAAGGCAGCGGAAUUUUCUGGUCGUUUGACGCGUGGUUAGCGUGAAAAGGUAUAAGAAUCUGUAAUGGAAGUAGAGCCAGCUAAUGAAGAAAAGCCUAGCGACGAGGAAUGGCCUUUAGAGAGGGCUGAGAUUGCAGUGCAACAGCUGUAUGAGUUCAGGGACCAUUAUUUUGAACACAAUUCUACUGACAAAGCAUUACUGAAGAACCAAGAAACUCAAGAAAAACUAAAAGAGACUCUGAACAUACUGGAUUAUGUACAGGCUUCGUGUGAGGAAACAGCCAGAUGCUUAUUUUUACGAGGAAAAGCUCUGAAUGUGAUGGCUGAAUAUAAUCCCUUGGCAAAAGAUGCUCUCUCAAAAGCUGUCAAGUUGGAUCCUAAACUAGUCCAAGCCUGGAAUUGCCUUGGAGAAUGUUACUGGAAGAAUGGAGAAGUUGAGGCAGCCAGGAAUUGCUUUGUUGGAGCAUUAAACCAUACAAAGAAUAAGGAGUCUUUACGGAAUUUGUCAAUGGUAUUAAGACAGAUUGGAAAAGAUCAAAGUGAAAAAGUAGAGAACAUCAAAACGAGUGUGGAAAAAGCCAAAGAAGCAGUGCAGUGUGAUGUAAAGGAUGGAACCUCAUGGUAUGUUCUUGGCAAUGCUUACCUCUCAUUAUUCUUUUGUGGUUCACAAUCACCUCAGCUGAUCAAGCAGUGUAUGACGGCUUAUUCACAAGCUUAUAAAGAUCCGGUGGCGAGAAAUAAUCCAGAUUUGCACUUCAACAGAGCAAUGGCAUACAAGUUUCAAGAGGAAUAUAAAUUAGCCAUAGAUGACUUCAAAAGAGCAGAGGCACUGGAUCCAGGCUGGACAGAACCCAGUGACGAGAAAUUUAAACUGCUCAACAUCCUGACAAAAACACUUGACCUAGUUGAAGGAAAGGGUAAAUUAAAGGCCAAGAGGCUCCAUUCCAUGGUCCAUUCCUUGGGACCUUCAGAUUUGGGUCCUUAUGAUGGCGACAGCUACACCAGUCCAUCAGGUCAGACAGUCCAGCUUGAUCAUGUCCCUCUUUCUAAACUGGUUCCUGGUUCUAAUCCCAACAAGGUUGUUGUCGGCAAAGUUGUCGGCUCCGUUCCGAUGGAUGACCCAGUACCGUAUAUCUUUGCCCUGGUGGACAGUGAAGAUCAGUGUUUACCAGUUACGGUUUACAACAUGGCUGUAGGAUCAGGGUUUGCUGUUGGAGAUUCUGUUGCAAUUCCUGAACCUUUCUCCCAAGAAACUAACUUCAUUGAAAAUGACCAGACAUUCAAGUUUUCAUCUAUUCGGGUUGAUAAUCCAGUUGUGCUGGUUGUGAACAAGAAAAAGCUUAAUUCCAAUAGACUGGCUCCUUCAACUCUUUUGGUGACUACAAAGAGCGAGUGAAUUAUCAGACGACUUCCCUUUGAACGAAAAUAUCUGCAGUCUUGUCUGCUGUGCAUCAAAGCUACAACAAAGCUUGAGACAAACUGAUGGAAGUGAUUGAUCCAGGGUGAAGUGCACUUACAAGAAAUGAAUUUACUGUCGAAGGAAACACCUUCAGCAGAGUUUUAUGGCAACUCUUUAAUCCAAGAGUGAUCAACUUGUGAAUUCUCCUUUCAAUAUCAAUACAUUGUCAAGAAGUCAGGUGACGAGAAUAUAGAAGUUUUAGUCUGAAAAUGUGUUCUUGAGAGGCAGGGUUGUUAGGAAUUCUGGUUUAAAUUUAUUUAUUUUUUAACAAAAUGUAUGUAUGUGAUAAAAUUUUAUGGAAUGGAUGAGAACUGUUCUGACCUCUGGGUGUGAAAAUUCCUGUUUGAAGUUUCCUCUUAAUUUUUACGACACUGGACUGGAUUUUCAUUUAUAUGCAUGUAUAUUAUUUUGUUAUCAUCAAGGUCUUUAAUUAAAAUAGAAGGUGAAAUUACCACAAGAGGAGUGUUUAAGCGAGUAUUGGUCCAUUGGAGUGAAGCGCACAGGUCAUCUGGCAGAGGAACAGCAGCAUUUUAGCCUGCGGUCCAGUCGAACGUGUCACAAAAUCCCCCAUAUACCCGCGGUGCAGAUUUGUCUGUGACGAAGUCUACAGCAUUUUCGUGUAGCGUGGUGAAAUGACGUUUGUAAAUUAUUGAUUUGUGUGUGUGUAAAAUUAAAUUUACUUUUAGGGAUUUGUAACUGGAAAUUUCGUUGUAUAUAGUUAAGUUGAAUUUUGACUGUCGAUCGGUUUAUGAAUAGUGAUUGGCAUUGAAACAUUUCUCCUAAUAACUAUAAACGACAAAACUGGAAAUAAAUAACUGAAUUAUUGAA